AUGUGUUCAUCUUCUGCGUCUCGUAGAGGAGUCGUCAUGAUCAAGAACAAAAUGGGGAAUGAAGCUGAGAAGAAGUUUACUUGGGUUAUAAAGAAUUUCUCCUCUUUGGAAUCCAAAAGUGUUCAUUCUGAUAUAUUCGUGGUUGGUCGCUGCAAAUGGCGUCUUGGUGCCUUUCCGAGAGGAGUUGACAACGAUAGUUCUUGUUUGUCUCUGUAUUUGUUUGUUUCUAAUCAUAAUUUUUUGCCUUCUGGAUGGAGACGACACGCUAAAUUCUCCUUUACUGUUGUAAAUCAAAUUCCUGGAGAAGUCUCUCAACUGCGAGAAACCCAAUACUGGUUUGAUGAGAAGAAUAGUAUAUGGGGUUUUCCAUCGAUGAUUCAUCUUUUCGACCUUAAUGCUAGCAAUAGCGGGUUUCUUGUGAACGAUGAACUCAAGAUUAUUGCAGAGGUUGAUGUUCUUGAAGUUGUCGGUGAACUAGAUAUACAAGUGGUGACCACAGACAUCGUGGAUAUCAAUGGGUUUCAAGUGCUUGCUUCACAAGUAGAAGCUGUGAACAGUUUAUUUAAAAAGCAUCCAAACAUUGCAUCAAAUGUCCGUGCAGAGAAUCCACAUCUGAGAACAACGUACAUGAAUGUCCUACUAGGUUUGACUAAGAUUCUAUGCAAGUCCUCUAAGGAACUCUCCAACAGUGAUCUGUCUGAAGCAUAUUCUGCACUGGGAUUUGUGAUAAAAGCGGGGUUUAAGUUGGACUGGUUGGAGGAGGCAUUAAAAGAAGCUUGUGAGAUUCGGAUUCAAGAAAUUGAGGGAAAGUUGAAUGACUUGACUGAACAGCGUGCUGGCAUGGAUGCGCUUCUGAAUAGCUUAAAAUGA